AAUGUCCUGUCUCUGUGCAUGUGUCUAGAUGGCCGUGCUCUGGCUCUCGGGGGAAUGUGUGCAGACCUGCUUCCCCGUAGUAUCCUGCAGCAGUAUGACCUUCGAAAGGACGUGUGGGCGCUACUUCCUUCCAUGCCGACCCCACGCUACGAUGCUAACACACAUCUGCUUGGCAAUAAGCUCUAUGUGGCAGGUGGCCGUCAGUGUAAACGACCGUUAAAGGCCUUUGAGGUGUACGACACAGAGACGCGAUCUUGGACUACGCUACCCAUGAUGCCAUGCAAACGUUCCUAUGGGGGUGUGAUAUGGGACCCAGCUGGCAGGCUGUGCCUGUUAGGAGGACUGCGGCAGGGCGGGGGACACCAAAGCUCCAAGUUCACCAAGAACGUCAAUAUUUUUGACACCAACCAAGGCACCUGGCUGAAGUCAGAGGAGACCGUGGCGAUGAAAACAAAGAGAGCUGACUUUGCUGCUGCCUUCCUGCGUGGACGGAUGGUGGUCGCAGGAGGACUUGUCAUCAGAGACCGCCUCCUGGUAGUGGGAGGAGUCAACCAGGUUCCCAGCUCGGCACACGAGAUCCUCUACAUUAAAGAAGAAGAGUAUCUGUAGCCUGUAGUGACUGACGCCCAGAUGAUCGCAGAUGAGCCGUGAUUCCACUUCCUCCUUCCCGAACACCCGUUGUGACUGUAGUGCAAUAUUUAAGAACCAUCACAAACACUGAGAAAUGUGUGCAAGUCUGGCUGCCUGAUGUAAUGUAUCGGAUAAGACUGCCCCCUGCUGGGCGUAACUGGCACUGAGCCCCACAUCUCAGCACACAGAUGCACAAUGGAGGAGCUGGCUCUUUCUUUUUACCGAGCUGAUUCUUGAUACCUUUAUGUAUGCAACACUUCUGCAUUGUACACUGUAGUGCAUACUUGAGGAAGGAACUAUUUUGUAGCUAUCGUGUCUAUUCCUGUGGACAGAAGAUACGUGGAAGAUGUAUUUAUAUUGCAUAUAUAGCGGUUUCAUAUCUGCAUUCAUUUGAUUUACGUGUAGCUUGCCGACUAUUGAGCAAGGGUAGAUUUUAAUUUAGCUAAAUGACACAACUGCAAUCCUUAUCUCUAAUUUAAUAUGAUCUAGAAACAGUUGAGUGUUUGGUUAAUAAAAUAUUCAGUAACAACAUUUGCACUGAAUCAGUCAACACUGAGUGGGAGCUUUGCCUUCAAUUAUUUCUAGUGUAAUGUGUUGUAGUAAUUACACUUAGAAUGCUGUAAUAAAACUCCUCUGUGCUGUAAUAGUGCACAUUUGUGGCCAAAUGUAACACUUUGCAUCCAUGAAAUGAGACUUGUGUUAAAUAACCGUGUUUUUUGUGGUUAAACUAGUUACUGAAUUGCUGUUAUAAGCAAAGGAAGGAAUCCUGUGGGACUUACGGGAUGAUUGUAGACGUUUUAUUCCUGCAGCAAUACACUUUCUCUGCGUUUUAUAAUGUUGUGUAGUGCAGUAGUAUUGUAGUCGUCUCACUCAGGUUAUGUUCUAGGUUGACUUUUGUUUGUCUGUUCUUGUA